AUGUCAGUUCUAUGAACUCCUAAGACUUUGACUUCAAAAAGUCUUACAAAAAAGAAGGAUCAGAAAGAUAUCAGGCUCACAAAGUCUGAACCGCUAGAAAUAUUUCCUCCAGAAAUUGUGUUUAAAGAUAUAGAGCCUGACCAAACUUAUGAAGUUACAGUUAGUGUGCGUAACCUCUGCUCAGUUGUGAGAAGAAUUCGAUUUAUUCCUCCAAAAACUUCGAAAUUCUUAGCAGAAUACGAGACACUUGGAGCAAUUGCAGGCGGCACUCAAACUAACAUCGUUAUUUCUUUCGAAACUGAUCAUGUCGCUGAUUUUCACGAUGAAAUGACAAUAAUUUCAGAAGACUCUACUUAUACUCUUCUCCUUCACGCCUACCAGCCUUCUCCAGAAAUCGCAUUUGAACCUUUCAUCAAUUUAGGUUUAACUUCUGUUUACAAGUCAAAAUCUACUCUUAUCCUCUUCAGAAACGAAGGCAGCCGCCAAGGCAAAAUUAGUUUGAAUUAUGACAAAAACAUCAGCCCAGAGCUCGUUAUUGAGCCAGAAAACUUUACCCUUGAUCCAAGGAACGAAAUUGACAUAAAAUUCACUUACACUCCCAGAGAAGUAGGAGUUUUUAGAUGCCCUGUAGAAGUCAAUGUAGAAGGUCAAGAAAAAAUAAGGCACAUCGAUGUGAACGGAACUUGUGUAGAACACCAAAUGUCGAUUGUGGCAGCAAACGUGGACAAGUUGAAUUCAGAUUCAGACAUUGGUCUUGGGAAUAACAUGGCAGUAACGACUAAUUUAAAUUUUGGGCACAUGUAUCAUGGAGAAAUGAAAUCACUCGACUCUUAUUUGGUAAAUAAUGGACCUGUUAAGGUUCAUUUUUCGAUUAGAUUUAUUUUAGGGUCUGAAGAAGAAGCAGAAUCGGACCAACUUGUAUACACCCCUCAAGAACAAGCUAAGCAAGAGCUUAAAAGAGUAAUGAAAGCAGAGCCUAGCCAUGGGAUUGUUGACGCUUACUCCCAGCUUCAUAUUUUAUUUACUUGCCACAGCAAAGUCCUAGACAAAGUCAAGGGCCAUUCUUCCAAUAUGAUGGAAAAUGGAAAUGCAGCAUCAGGUGACAUGAAUGCAUCUUAUAUAGUAGAUAACAUGAUUAACUACUUUUACACAGCAAUUUUCAACUUCCAAGAACUUGAUAGUAAACUUCCUCUCCAACUUCAAGCUACCGCUGUAAUUCCAAAUAUCAAAGUUUCACAAAAUGCAGUGUUUUUCCCACAGUGUGCAGUGAACGACAGAAGAGAUGUGCUAUAGCUUUUUCGGGUAUUUGCGUUGAAAGCGAUGAGGUUUGGGAUUGACGGCGAAGCCUAUUUCCUAUACAAAACGGGUUUGCGGCGCAAGAAGAAAAUACUGAGUACCUUAACUAGGUCGAUAAAUGCUAGAUUUGCUUUUUUUAAAACCACUAAAGUGUUAUAAGAUUCCUUUGUCGUAAUUGCCUGCUGCUUGAGAAAGCAAGAACUUUGUUACUUUUACCUCCUGGCCCGUUUGAGAUUGGUGUGUUGAUUCCAUUUUAUUAAAAUUUUGACAAAUCUAAUUUUUUUAGCUAGCCAUUUUAAAAUUGAAAUAUUAAAUAUGGAAUCUGACGACACACUCAUUACUAUGAACCAAAUUCCUCUAAUUUUACGAUUUGUGAAUUCAAAUUCAAGUAUGAUUAUGUUUAAUCAAUCCUGAUCUAUUCGGCCUUAUUCAAAUCCAAAAUAACAGAAUCUGAUUGUCAAGUUUAUCUCAAAGUGAAAUGUUUAGCUCAACAGAAUUUACUCUUAAAAUAAAAAGAAGUAUUGAGCUAUUCAUCGAAAUUUUAUUAAGUGCAAACGCGGAAAGUAGAUUCAAGCAGCCCUGCAAGUGCUCAGGCUCUAGAACAAUUUGAAGAAAAAUCUCCAGUAGAAUUUAGAGAUAAAUGCAUUUCAAGAUGGUGAUAUAUAUUGGGCUUGGAUAAAUAGUACAUGAAACUAACUUUUCAGCUAAGCAAAAGUGCAAAACGCGGAAAGCAGGUUCUAGCAGCCCUACAAGUGCUCAUGCUCCAGUAGCAAUUUGAAGAAAAAAAUCUCCAGUAGAUUUUAGAGAUAAAUGCAUUUUAAGAUGGUGGUGUAUAUUGGAUCUGGAUAAAUGGUACAUGAAAAAAACAUUUCAGCUAAGAAAAAAGUGCGAAACGCGGAAAGCAGAUUCGAGCAGCCCUACAAGUGCUCAUGCUCCUGUUGUAGUUUGAAGUAAAAUCUCCGGUAGAAUCUAGAGAAAAAUACAUUUCAAGAUGGCGUAAGUCAAGAUGAGAGUACAUACAAAAUGGUUCAUGAAAAAACCCUUCAGCUAAGAAAAAGUGCAAAACGCGGAAAGCAGAUUCUAGCAGCCCUAAAAAUGUUCAUGCUCCAGUAGCAAUUUGAAGGAUAAUCUCCAGUAGAAUUUAGAGAAAAAUGUAUAUUGGAUCUGGAUAAAUGGUACAUGAAACUAACUUUUCAGUGAAGAAAAAGUGCGAAACGCGGAAAGCAGAUUCUAGAAGCUCUACAAGUGCUCAUGCCCCUGUAGCAAUUUGAAGGAAAAUCUCCAGUAGAUUUUAGAGAACAAUGUAUUUCAAGAUGGUGUAAGUCAAGAUGAAGUACAUAAAAAAAUGGUACAUGAAACGAACUUUUCAGCUAAGCAAAAGUGCGAAACGCGGAAAGCAGAUUCGAGCAACCCUACAAGUGCUCAUGCUCCAGUAGCAAUUUUAAGAAAAAUCUCCAGUAGAAUUUAGAAAAAAAAUGUAUUUCAAGAUGGUGUAAGUCAAGAUGAAGUACAUAAAAAAUGGCACAUGAAACGAACUUUUCAGCUAAGUAAAAGUGCGAAACGCGGAAAGCAGAUUCUAGAAGCCCUACAAGUGCUCAUUCUUCAGUAGCAUUUUGAAGAAAAAUCUCCAGUAUAAUUUAGAGAUAAAUGCAUUUCAAGAUGGUGGAAGUCAAGAUGCGAGUCCAUACAAAAUGGUUCAUGAAAAACCUUUUCAGCUAAGAAAAGUGCGAAACGCAGAAAGCAGAUUCAAGCAGCCCUACAAGUGCUCAUGCUCCUGUUGUAAUUUGAAGGAAAAUCUCCAGUAGAAUUUAGAAGUGCAAAACGCGGAAAGCAGAUUUUACUAUCCCUACAAGUACUCAUGCUCCAGUUGUAAUUUUAAGAAAAAUCUCCAGUAGAAUUUAGAGAAAAAUAAAAUGCAAGAUGGCAGUGCAUAUGCAAGAUGGUGCAAUAAAAUGUAAGUGCAUACAAAAUGGUACAUGAAACGAACUUCUCAGUUAAGAAAAAGUGCGAAACGCGGAAAGCACAUUUUAGUUUUCCUACAAGUGCUCAUGUUCCACUUGUAGUUUAAAGAAAAAUCUUGAGUAGACUUUGGAGAAAAAUAAAAAAAAAUAGCAUAAUUAAAAUUAAAAAAAUAUACACUUUAAAGAAAAAAUAAAAACCUUGAUUAAGAAAAAUUGAGUCUUUUAGCUCAAUAAUUCCUCUAAUAUUAAGACUUAUAGCUUCAGAAGGAUUUUUAUCUCCAUGGGUUAAAAUUUAAUAAUGUAGCCCCCAAAAUAAUUAAUAUUUCAAUUUUAAAAUGACAUGUUAAAAAAAUUUAGGUUUGUCAAAAUUUUAAUAAAAAUGGAAUCAACACACCAAUCCCAAGAAAGCAGGAGGCAAAAGUGACAAAGGUCUUGUUUUCUCAAGCAGAAGGGAAUCACCACAAAGGAAUCUUAUGUGCACUUCUAGCUCAUAUCAGAUACUUCCUUCCCGAUAUCUUUCUAUACUCUACUAAGUAUGUUUCUUCUUGCGCCAUUCGACCCGUUUUGUAUAGGAAAUAGGCUUCGCCGUCAACCCCAAACCUCAUCGCUUUCAACGCAAAUACCCGAAAAAAGCUAUAGUUAAAAUAGAAAACAUGAAUGACGAGCUAUCGGUAGAUUUCAGCUUUAACCAGGUUUCUCAAUUCUCGGUUGACCCUGCAAAAGGUGUAUUACUCCCACUCCAAAGCAAAUCAAUAAAUUUUUCCUUUAUUCCUAAAAACCUUGGAAUUUUCCAUUCAGUCAUGACCCUUCAUUUUAUAAAAGAAGCUUAUAAAGUUCCUAUUCAUCUUUAUGGUAAAUCCACUGGAAUAUCUGAAAAAGGCAAAGAAAUCAGAGGACCUGAAAGCACUGUCAAGGAUUUUGAGCCUGCAAGAAAAUACGUGAGCGAAAGCGACCUUGCAAAUAUGCAUAAAACGAAGGUAAAAACAGAAGGAGAUACACUUAAGACUGAUUAUUCUUUACAGAUGGACCAAGCAAUACUUCAGGAUUUUGUUAAAAAGCAAUAUGUCGACUUCUUAAGAACACAAAGAAAAGAACGCUUAGCGAAAGAAAAGCAAAACGAGCUACAGAGGACUGGAAAAAUAGUCCCACUUACUAAAGAAGAAAUGGAAAAAGAUCCAGAUCUUGGUAUCAGUCGCGAUCUGCUAAAAGAGCCUAUGCUUAGCCUUCCGAACGCCUCAGAUCAGCUAUUUGUAAACAAGCAAAUUGGGCUAUACGAAAAUUCCCACAGCAACGACAAUAUGCACGAUCCUGACCGUGCUAUAAAAAAUGUGAGGAAAAAAGCCAUUGACCGCAAAAAAUUCAAAGAAGUCCCUUACUCACUUACACCAACUAAGCAGGUCGAAAUUAGAGAAUGCUCAAAAAAACUGUCAGCAGAAGAGCUGCAAUUUAUAUCAGCAGGGCCAAAAAACCUUGAUUUUGGGAAGGUUGUGAUGAACUCUCCUUCAUUUAAGUGGUUUAGUAUUGCUAACGAUUUAAAGCAUAACAUCUUUGUAGAGCUGGUCUCAGCUGUUUCAGAAAUUAAUACUAUGGAGCCAAAUUCAUUGGUGAUCCCACCAGGACUUAAAGGAGGCUUUAAGCUUGGGCUGCUUUCAUCAAGAGCCCAAGAAUUAGAAGGGAUUGUUACUUAUAAAAUCAAUGGAGAGCAUACUUUUAACUUCAGGAUUAUAGCAAAGGUAGAACCAGCUGAACUUAGAAUAUCAAAGAACUAUUUGAAGUUUGUAUUUGAUGAUGAUAAUAUGGAAGAAAGCUUAUGCGAAAAACUUUUCGUCGAAAAUGGCUGCAACGCUGAUACAAGAUUUGCUUGGGUUGUCCCACCGAAUUCAAAUUUUGAAGUAGAGCCUCUUGAAGAUUUGGUGGAAGCAGGAAAAACGAGACCAGUGAUCGUCAAGUUUACGCCUUCUAUAGGAGCAAAUAGGAAUGAUGAAGAAAAUUUAGUAAUGAAAGUACAAAAUGGGGAGAAAUGCACACUCAGAUGCAAAGGGGAAUUCACUGAAGCUAAAUGCCAAUUUUUGCAAAAGCAGCUGGACUUUGAAGUAGUAGCAGUUGGUAUCAAGCAUGAAAAGUCUGUCACAAUAAAAAAUCUGUUGAGAUCCACAGCUAUUUAUCAUAUCAAAAAAUGCCCCACAGAAAUUCGACGAGCUCAGAAAAUGAUUUGGGUUAGAAUGGCACCUUUAAGGUUAUAAUCUCCACCAUCUGGAGUCAUUACCCUUCUAGAAAAUACCAUUCCCUAAGAUCAGGAAUCCGGUAGGAAAAGCCACCCGGAUCUUGCUUCGAUGAGAUAACUGGGAUAUUUUCACCAGGGGAAACCAAAACUCAUAAUUAAAAUAUGCAAGAGAUGAAUUUUCAGUCAGGAGACCAGGGAAAUUUGAGUGACGCGAUAUUUUAAUUAUGCCCAACAGAAAUAACUGUAACCCCAACUAGAGGGAAAAUUUCAGGAGAUGGUAGGGCAAACCUGAAAAUCGAGUUUUGCAGUUUCGAAGAGCAAGAACUCCAUGGAGAGCUUGAAGUCUUAAUUAGAGGUGGAAAGCCCCUUGUCCUUUCUAUUCAUGCUUCUGCAAUUAUACCAAAGGUCUACAUUCAAGAGCCAGAAAUUGACUUCGGAGGGGUAACUUACAAAUGCAGUGCUUAUCGAAAGUUCACAGUGGUCAAUGAAAGCCCAAUUGCUUGUGUUCUUUAUAUUAGCCUUCAGGAGCACCCAGAAUUUGAAGUAUCAUUACCAGCUGACCACCUUGGAGAAGGGGAAUGUGAAAGCACAGUGCUCAUGGGAGCUGCUUCAGAUCGAGGGAAUCCGUUUGUACUUAGAGAUGAGCACGAUGAGCUGGAAGAUAUCAAAAUGGAGGCUGGAAUGCAGGAAGAAGAUGACUCUGAAGAAGAGGAAGAGGAGGUGGCAAGAACUUUUAGGCUAAAUCUUCAUCCAAGCACAUCAAUUACACUUCAACUUAAAUUUACGCCUAGUGAUACUGAAACCUAUUUAUUUGAUUUGCCUGUUAUGAUGGCUGGAGUAAAUGAGACAUUAAAAUCCUUAACCAGACCUGUGUCUGGAGAAGGGCUGCAGCCGAAAUUCUUAAUAGAGCCUGCUAUAGUUGACUUCAAAAAGAAAUACAUCACAGCUGGAGAAAAGUCCUUCCCCGACUACAAAGACGUGAUAUUUUCAAAUCCUGACAUUUAUCCGCUGAGAUGGAAGCUUGAUACUUCUACUAUCGACUCAACCAAAAUCUUUACCAUAAGACCGCUUGAAGGGUAUCUGGAGCCAGCUGCUUCAGUAACAGUUAGAGCAAGCUUUAACCCAAAUCAAGCUAUUGAUUAUGAAGAAAAAAUUAAUUUGUUCAUUGACAACUCAACAGAACCUUACUUAACGCUUACUCUUAGAGGAGAAGGUUCAAUCCCACGCAUCUCAUUUGACAGGCGGUAUGUGAUUCUCCCUAUAACUCCUCUGGGGAUUUCUUCAAAAUCUAUCUUCAAAAUCAAUAAUGAGGGCUAUCAAAAUGUAGAAUUAAAAUACCGGCUUCCAAAAGAUGCAGGCAGAAUUCCAUUGCAAUUAAAUUUCCCUGAUGGCCAAACUUUAGGAUCGACAAAACAAAAAAUCCCAGUGGAAGUUAUCUUUAAUUCUGAUCGUGCCUUGUCAUUUACAGCGAAUUUAGACUUUUUUGACAAUGAAGGAAAUAAAUUCACGAUAGCAAUUUCAGGAACAGCUGAUAAUUGCUUGUUUACGUCUUUUCCCUUUAUUCAAAGUCAUCAAGAAGAUAUCAGAUUUAAUGUUGAUGAAAACGGAGCAAUGAAACUAGAGUUCGAAGAAGUCUCAGAUGGAGAUGAAGCUUCAGGAAGAUGGGGAACUGGAGGCCCAGCCGGAGCUCCCAGAACAAGUGCAGCGAGCUCGGUGUAUUCCAGGUCUGCUAAAAGCAUCGUAGGAUAUCAGCCUGUCCCUCAAUUUUUGCUAGAAAAAGGGUUAGACCACUUGAAUAGAUGGCUAAACCACAGUGUCCUCAGUUCUACCAUUAACAAAUUCCCUGAUGAUUUUGUGAAUCAGCAUGGUGCGCCACUUUAUGAGCUGGUUUUUGCACUGUCAGGCAAAUACCCACCAGGGCAAGUUAAAAAUCCGAAUUCCUUGGCCCCGAAAGAACUUGCAAGACAGCUUUUUAAGCAAUAUGACGACUUAAUUGAGUAUUUGAAGAGAAAUGGAGCAAUGCUAAAUACGCUUAGACCUGAGUUCUUAUUAAGCCAAAAUGACUUUGCAAGGUUUUUAAAGUCUACGCCGCUAGAACUCCAGCUAAGGCCUAAACAAAUCCAGCAUCGGUGGCCAUAUCUUUCUAUGGAUUCUUGGACAACCUUGAUUUUUCAAAUUGUUAAGCUGUAUCUACUCAAUAGGGUGACACCUAAAAGCUUCAAAAACUUACCUGGAAUGAACCCAGAAGAAGCAAACAUCGAUGCAGGGAUGACUAGUUCCAACAUUUACUCUGUGUCUGAAUGCAUUUUACUUAAGUGGCUAAGCUAUCACUAUGAGUGCAUUCAUCCGCACACUCCGAAGAAAAUUUCCAACUUUGAGUCUGAUUUGUCUGAUGGCACAGUGAUCUCUUCUGUCAUCCAAUCUCAUAUAGGGAAUGUCAAGGCUUUAGGCAAUAUCAAAGUCAACCCUAACAGUGAAGAGCAAAGAAGCCAAAACUGCGAAAAAGUAAUAGCAGGGCUCAGUGAAAUAGGCUUGCCCACCCACUUCACUGCAAAUGAUUUAGUUCGUCCUAGUGCGCGAGAAGCUUUGCUAUUUGUCUUGCAGCUAUAUCAGGGACUUCCCCACUAUAUUCCUAAAUGUAAAAUUAUUUUUUCAUGCCCGCUCAGCGAAAAAAUUGUUAAGAAUAUUGAACUUACCAACCCGUCUAACAAAUCUGUGAAUUAUUGGGUUAGAAUUGAAGGUAGCUCUGACUACACAUUUGAAGCGCAGGAGUCAAUAACACUUCCAUCAAAAUCAACAGUCCAAUUCCCAGUUACUUUCCAAAGCAGAGUGACUGUUCCGGUGCAAAAAGCCAAGCUAAGCUUCACAAACCGAACUACAGAUGGCGGUGCUCAGGGUGCAGCUCUUGUUUUCGAGUUAAUUUCUGACGUAAAGGCGCCUAUAAAUGUGAUGCAAAUAGACUUUGAAACUCCACUUUAUAAGCUGUUUAAUAAAGAAGUAGAAAUAAAAAACAAUUAUUCCCAAGAGGCAGAAUUCGUGAUCCAGCUAAAUCCAAUUGAAGAUGCACCAAAGAAACCUCCUGCAAAUAAAAAGAAAGGCCCACCCGAACCUCCUCCUCUGCAAUUUCCGCCAGCUUUUUAUAUUAAAAAUGAGAAAGUAAAAGUCAAGAAAAACUCAGUUAGCUUCAUAGGUGUCCAGUUUUUACCUUUCGAAAUGAAAACCCAUAAAGCUGAACUAAUUUUGUGCGACGAAAAGGUAGGAGAAAUUCAUUACUUGCUAGUCGCGAAUGUGAGUAUGCCAGAAUCGCAACUGAUUACGAUGAAGCAGGAAAUGGGUGACUCCAUGCAAGUUGUGGUGCCUUUGAAGUCGAAGAACGAGCAGCUGGAAUUUGCGAAGUCAAAAUGCAGGGAAAGAUACCAAGCUUCACACAAGACUCGAGAAAGAGAUACUUUGAAUGAAAUCUUUAAGAAACUGCACACAGAAGACACAAAUGUGUAUGAUAUUGUCUUGAGCUCUCCUUUCUUUGGAGGCCCUAACACCAUUUCUUUAACAGAGUUCAGCAAAAGUAAAGGUGGUAAAGGAGGGCUUGAUACUUCACAAGUAAGUGACGUCUCCAAGCAAGAAAUUUCCUUGCAAAGAAGCAAGAAAACGCCAAGUAGAAGCUCGCAUACUAGCCAAGCACCUGCAGGGAAUUCCUCUUCUGGACAAGAUGCACAAAAUAAGCUCCAGCUCAGCUUUUCUCCAAAGACUCCAGGCGAAUAUCCUUGCUUUGUAACCUUAACAUCAACUAGAAAAACUGACAUCAGAAUAUAUGAAAUCGUUGUAGCCGUAAAGCCAAAGAAAAAUGUGGUCACGCUAGAGAUGACUGCUCCAGCUAGAGGUGAGGUGAAGCAAGACAUCCCAAUUAUAAAUAACUCAGACAAAGAUUGGCCAGUCAAAGUAAGCUUAACCCAAGAUGCUAAAGAAUUCAGUGUUUCUAAAGAUUUCGUGGUAAGAAGAAAAUCAACUGGGUAUUGUCCAUUAGUUUUCAAGCCGAUUUGGACUUGUGAUGUAAAAGGAAAGCUGCUGCUCGAUAUCCCACUUACAGGAGAUCUAUAUGAGUUUAACCUCAGAGGGAUUGGAGAAGAACCAAAUGCUGAAGAGCAUAUGACAAUUGACUGCAAGGUCAAGGAAACUUAUUAUCAGCUGAUUCCUAUUAUGAAUCCAAACGAUUUCCCAGUUGUUUAUAAGGUGGAAUCUGAUUUAGUAAUUGCUUCUGGAGACCCACAAAUACAAGUUCCUGCCAAAACUAAAGGACAAUAUGAGCUUCAAGUAAAGCCAAUACAAAGUGGCAUGUACUCUGGAGCAAUUACAUUUUAUGAUAAUCAAGGCAAAUUUUAUUGGUAUAAACGCCUCUACGCUUGCGAGCUCUCAAGUCCAGAUGCCUCCUAGGAGAUCCGAGGAUUGAUUUAUUAACUUAUACUGGUGAAGACUAUCCUCAAAUUUGGUAAAUCUACAUUAUCAGAUGGAUUUAUCAAUUUGAGGGUUGGCUUAACCAAUCCUCAGCUCUCAGAGACAUAGGACUAUGGAAAUCCAUAAGUGUGGAGAUGCUAUAUACACUAGAAGUUAGAGCCCAAGAACCUGAGCCUGAAGAUGAAAAAAUAUUGAUGACUCAGUGCAGAAAAGCUGUCGAAUUAAAACUUACUGUUUAUAUUCUUUGACUACUUAUAUUUAGCAUAUUAUAUCAAAAUUGUUUUGCUUAUAUUCUAUAUGAAUAGAGUAUUUCACUAUCAUGCUAUUUUUAAAAUUAAUAAAAAUGAGAAUAAUCCAUAUCCAGAAAACACUACUUUUGAAGUCAACAUCCAAGGCCAUGGACUUAUGGGUGAUAAUAUGUUUUAUGUUGCUGCUAAGGAGCUAGGCACUUAUGAACUCCUCUAUUCUCCACUACUCCCUGGUGAAUCAUAUGGAACGAUUUCCUUCGUCAGCGAAAAAACUGGUGAAUUUUGGUACAAGCUUAAACUGAUUGCUUUGCCACCUGAGCCAUUUGAAUUAGAAAUUUUUGAAUGUGAACUUGGGAAAUCAGAAACCCAGCACAUAGCAUUAGAGAACCCUACAAAUGAAGAAGUCAUUUUAGACUACAGCUGCUCUAACCCUCUAAACUUUGAGUUGGUCCCUGAGCGAAUCAUUCUACCUCCUUAUGAAACAAUAGAAGCUACAGUCAAGUAUUCUCCUUCUACACUCAAGCAUGUAGAAACUGGCGAAAUCAAGCUCAGCAGCAAAGCUCUUGGAGACUGGAUCUUCAAACUGAGAGGCAAAGGACGUCCACCUACACUUAUGGAGCCUCUUGAGAUUGCUGCGACUAUUGGAGAAACAAGCUCUACACAGAUUACAUUUAAAAAUCCAUUUAGGGAAAACAUUACGAUUUCUAUUGCUUUAGAAGCCAGUGAGAACGUAUUCCAACUGCUUGUGAGGAAAAAUAAAUAUGCAAUAGGGCCUUUAGGAUCAUUGCUGAUUCCUGUAGCUUUUAUUCCAACAUCAAUGGAUGAGCACACUGCUGUUCUGCUAGUAUCGAUUACAGAUGAAUUGACUUGGAGAUACCCGCUUAAAGGCAUCACUGAGAAUGCUUCUACACGCAUUGACUACUCUUUCAAGACCAAGUGCAGAACUUCAUUAGAAAUGCCACUAAAUAUUGUUUUGAAUGAUUUAUAGUGAGUUAGAGAGACUAAAUAUUAUAUACGAAAAUUUUAAAUUAUUUUUAAUAGAUUUAUUCGCAGCUAUCAUUGCAUUUAGUGUUCCCAAAAGGCAUAUAUCUAUUAUUAGUAAAUAUAGGCAAAUAUCUUAUUUUCAACUAAAAUAAUAAAAUUAGCAGAGAGGCAUAGUCGAUCUUACAGAAGAAGAAAAUUUCACCAAUGAAAUUAACGUUAUAGACCAGGCUGUCAAACAUUUCGUCGACAAAAGCUUGCAGAUUGAAACUCACAAAAACAUUAUUUCAAGCCCAGCAGAAGCUUUAGAAUUUUCUGUAAAAUUCGAGCCAUUACGGCCAUUUAAGACACAAGUUGAGCUUUUAAUCUACAAAGGAUCUGGAGGAAGAUGGAAAUAUAAUAUCAUGCUUGAAGCUCUUGAUCCAGAUAUUGAUGACACAAUCAAUAUAGAAUCUCAAAUAAACAAAACAACCAGCAUUGCCUUCAAGCUAACCAACCAAUUCAAAGCUUUUGCUGAGUUUGAAGCAUUUUUCACCCCAGAAAGUGAUUCUUGUUUUGCGAUUCAGCCCAAUCAAGGUAUUUUAGAGCCAUAUGGAAGGGAAGGGACAACUUUUAUAGUGUCGUUUACUCCUGUUGAGUAUGGAGCUCCUAAGGUAGGGAAGCUUGUGAUUCAGACAGAAGAUAUGAUGUGGACUUAUCUUGUUAAAGGAUCCCAUCCUCGCUAUCAACCUCCUGAAGCUAGCGGUGGCAGAAUUGAUAAUAGGCUUCAGAGAUCGAUACAGCCACAGCAGAGCUCAAAGAAAAACUUCAUAAAGAAAAACAUCAAGGGACUGUCGCCGACUAGGUCAAAGAUGGAGUCUUCAAUGAAAUCUUUAUCCCCAACAAGAAAGGCACCAUCUCAACAAAGAAUAACAGAAAUUUAA